AUGCAACCAGAGCCCAAGGACCUAAGCCAGGAAGAAAUCAAUUUUCUGAAGGAUAUCUUUUUCGUUUUUGAUAAGGGACGAGAUGGCGAUAUUUCUUGCACUGAAAUAAAGAAUUUACUCGCCAAGUUCGGCUUCGAGCAUUCGUUGAGGGACAUUGAUGACAUGAUUCGAGAGAAGGACCUGGACCAGGAUGGGCGAAUCAACUUUAAUGAAUUUUACAGAAUCAUUUCCAGAGACACUUCUAGUUUAGAAAGAAUGAUGGAAGCAAAGCAGAUUUUUGACUUGUGUGACACAAACUCCGAUGGAAAGAUUGAUAGAGGCGAGUUGAAGGCGUAUUUCCAGAAAAUUGGCAUUCCACUCUCCGAAAAAGAGAUCGAUGAUAUGAUCAGCGUGGCUGAUGGAAAUCGCAACGGUUUUGUCGAAUUUGAAGAAUUUGUGAAACUAUUCCAGUAA